UGUCAAAAAUUGUUGUUGCUGCACGCAAUACGCGAAUUUUUCGCUGCACAAAAUUCAGCGUUUUAACAUAAAAAUAAGUGCAAUUAAUGCAAACAGCUAAGUGCACAAUAAGCUUACAAGUGCCGGUCACAAUUUUGAAUAAGGGAUUGUUGUCAAUCCACGCGCUAUAGUGCGGAAAUCACUUGAUACGCCUGAAAAUCGCCCUCGUCCGUGAAAUGUGAUAUAUGUAGUUUUUCUUCCAAUUGGGUGGAAAUUGGCUUAAUAUUAGACUUCAUCGAGUGCCGCAGUGUUUUGAUCAGUGGAACACCCCAAGCCAUGCAGCGGCAAAAUGUGAACCUGUUUCGACGUACUCAGUGCGAGUCCUACGCGAUAAAUGCGCAGUACAGGGGAAAUUAGAGGCCGUCUGCAGAGGACUUUUUCCUCCGGCCCUCCCUACUCGCACGGGCACGGCCCAAUCGGUCCCGCUCUCGCUCCACCUAUUCCUGGCAUACGAGGAAUAAGAAGCAAAUAAAUUGCAUCCAAUCCAGUCCAGACUUUGAACUUGCACUUGUGUGCGUGUGUGUGUGCCCGCCCGCUUCUUUAUGUGCAUGUGUGUGUGUACGGAAAACAAAAGAAAAGCCCCCAGCGUGAUAGGCGCAGGGGAAGCAGCGACAAAAGAAGCGAAAACCAGCCCCUGCCCCGUCUAUAAUCAACACAAAGACACGAUGUUCUCCCUGCCCUGGCUGCUUCUCAUGGGCGCUCUGCUGCUCCUCAGCUCCAGCUGCGCCACCCCAAUUGAAUUGGUCAUGAAUACCAGUUCCUCGAUCGGGGCCACCACCUCCGAAGCAGGCAAGUGGCAGCCACCACCAGAAGCAGCGCCAACGCUGAAAGCAGACGAAACAGCUGGCCAGGCUUAUCUAACAAAAUCGACGUCGACAUCGCUGACGACGUUGUCCGCUGAUAACAGGAGCCAUGACAGCAACAUCAACAGCAAUAACAAAAGCAGCCUCAACAACAGCAAUAGCCACGGCUACAGCAACAACAGUGCAGUGGCUAUGCUGCUGCCGCAAGACGGCGAUGGAUCAGCCGCUGCCCCAAAGCCGCACGUCACGCAGUUGCCACUCUACGUGCCGCAACAGCAACAGAGCAGCAAGAAGCACGACAAAACCGUAAAAUGUCACUGCGACAUCUGCAAGGAGACGAACCAGAUCUGCGAGACGGACGGCUACUGCUUCACGUCGGUGGAGAAGAAUGCGGACAACAAGAUCAUCUUCAGUUUCCGUUGCCUCGAAUUGAAAUACGAACUGCACCGGGAGCCGCUGGAGUGCCUCACCAGCCGCAUCAAAUAUGAUUCGUUUAGGAUAAAAUGUUGUAGGGAAGACUUCUGCAAUAAGAAUGAGAUUAUGAAGAGGAUAUUUGAAACAGGUACAGCCACAACAACAUCACAACAAAUACAAUACAAUUUCUUUCUUUAGUUUUUGCACAGCCACCGCACACACUCUCUCUCUCCCUUGCUCUUGCUCUCGCUCUCGCUCUCGCUCUGUUAUUUACUCCUUGCCUAAUUAUGCACUGCAACAAAUAGAAAAGCAACAGCAACACACUAGCAACCAAAAACAAAUAUCCAAUAUGUAAUCCAAUCCAAUAAUCCGAAAAAUUAAUUAUUUUAGAUUUGGUCUAGUAUAAUUAUGAUUAUGAUUUUGGUUUUGUUAUAAUUUCCUUUAGUUUAGGGUUUGCACAGAAAUUUGGUUUAUUAAUAUUUUCCAUUUCCAUUUGCACCUUGUUUGCUUUCCGGGCCUUCUGGUCCCAUAUUGUUUUUACCACCUCCCUCUCUCUCCCUCUCCCCCUCCCUCUCCCCUCCCUCUCCCCCUCCCCCUCCAUCUUUCUAUCUUUGUCUAAACACACACACAAUAUACAUACAAUACGUAUACGGAAUCGAGCUUACACCUUAUCUUAAUAAAUUACACUUAACUUUUUCAUGCAAAUUCGAAUCUUGUUUGUAGUUUGUAGAUAUUUCACUUUCUAGCUAUUAUAGGGGAUUCUUAUUUGUUUGCUAUUUCCAGGGAAGGGAUUUUAUAAGGUUCUGUAUUAAAUACACUGGUUAGCGGGCGUUUCGAGUAGCGCUCCGCUUGCCCAUGGAAGUUUAAGUUUCGGCUGGUUCUAGAUGGAUGGAACUUUUUUUUAGAACUUUAUCUUUACUGUUUAGAGCUUGUUGUACUCUAGAAUCUAUUGGAGUUGAUUUGCUUAUGGUCCUAGUUCUUGAAUUUCGUAUAUUCUUCUGCACAAUCAAUUGAGAAUCGAUUUGAUAGCAGGUCUUCCACCAAAUGUUUAUUAAAUGAUUUUGCUGAAUAUUCAAAGAAUCGUAAUCAGUUCUCAGAGUGUGUAUUUUGUACACUGUUUGGCCACAGUGGAGGUUCUUUUUAUGGAGCUGAUUGGGUAGACCCCGGUUAUGUGAUUUUCGAUUGGUCCCCCGCUGUUUGGUUAUAGAUUAAAGACCCCUUCCCUUAGUUUUUUCUCCUUUCUUUUCUUGGCGUUUUAAGAACAAAUCGAUAUUGCUUUUUGCCAGUGGACCCUCCAAACAGUGCACACACAGCCCCCUGCCUGACGCUGCAGCUGCCUACACCUAACCCGAACCCCUCUCCUGCCCUUGGCGUAUAUAACAAUAACCCCCUCCGUUCCGUCGUUAGAUGCACACAACGAUGCUCUGCAAUUAAACAAAACAAACAAAAACAGGUGCUACAAAAAUUUAGUUAGUAUGUAAGUGGUAACAAAACGCAACAAAAACUACAACAAAAGCUGCUUCGCAACUGCACAAAGCAACAUCUACAGCCGCAACAAGAAAAACUUACUCUUCUAAUCUAUAACUAUCCAAAGCUAACCCCUAAAAGCCCUACUAGUAUUAGUUUAAGUACUAACGCAACAACUUGAAGCAGAACCACACACUAAAGCCUAUGUCUACAAGAAUACUAAAUAU